ACACUGAUGUUUCUGUAAGUGAUUAGCCUCGAAAAUCUGAAAAGCUUGAGAACAUUUUUAUCCCUGCUGCUGAUAGUUCCUUCUAAUCCGUCUGGAUAACCUAUUGUCGUAAAUUGUUCAGAUACAGAGCAAUAUUCUAUUUAUGAUAUACAGUGAGUGACGCGAUGACGCAAAGAACAUCACCUCGCAGAUAUCAAUCUCACGUAGAAAAGUCACCUACGACCAACUCCGCAUCAUGUGACUUCACCAUCAUGGUUGACGGUGCCGAAUUUAAAAGCCAUCAGGAAAUCCUGAGUUCAACUUCCGCAUACUUCGACGCCUUGUUUAGAAGCAACAUGAGAGAGACAAAAGAAGGAAGGGUGGAGCUACAGGGUAUGACAAGUGAGACUUUCGCUGUUGUGUUAAAUUUCAUCCACCAGCGUGUCCAUGGUCUGACGGCUGACAAUAUUGAUGACAUCUGGGAUGCAGCGAAUCGUCUGGAUAUAGCAAUAUAUCUUAAAGAAAUCGAACAUUUUGACAUCGAUAGUUUAUCCAUUGAUAACCUAUGGCACUUUUAUUUAAAAGCUGUUGAUGUUAAUUCCAACUACGUCAAAGACGGGUCGCUAAAGUUCAUAAAGCAAAAUUACGAGCAUGUUUUUAGGAUGAAAGGAUUUUUGAAUUUGCCGUUUCCUUUAGUGCUAUCAUGUAUUGAAAGUGAGGAGUUGAAUGUGAGGACAGAGGACUCAGUUCUGGAGUCGAUUUUAAUCUGGGUUUCUCAUGGGAAAUACCAACAAGGUGAUUGUUUGACGCGUGACAGCAGCGAUAAGAGAGCCGCGUGUAAGGAUGAUGAACUCAAAAACACUGAGGGUCCUUCUCAUGACGACACUACUUCUAGUCAGUCGGGUAGUCUCAUAAAGGUUGGUCAGAAUUUUGACGAUGGAAACGUAGCUGACGCUGGCGAAACAGCAACUGACACGCCUGGCAUUAGCGUCAGAAAACAUGGUCAGCACGGUGACGUAAAAAAUGAGGACCAUACUGAUGACGUCACAAAAUGUAACCAGACAGGCGAUCGAGCAAGUUAUCUCGCCAAACUAAUGUCUAGUGCCAAACUAACUUUAGCCACCGCCAGUUGCCUACAAAGUUUACUCAAAAACCCUUAUAUAAUCCAAUGCACAGAAGCCUAUCACGGAAUACAAGAAGCCCUGAAAUACAAGUGUGGGGUGUAUCCUUUAGAGAGCGCCAUAUUGACCCCUCUUCGAACUAACAGCGGAAAAAGAAAUUGCUUGGCAUUUGUUAAAAAGAGAUGUCUACACCUCUACGAUUUGGAGAGCAGGACUUUAAGUAGCACUAAGCUCGAGAAUGUAAAAAGAAGCUACAGAAACUUUGUGUCUGUUGUCUCGCUGGGGUCAAGACUUGCCUUCUUGUGUGUACAAAACUUAAGAAAUUGUCCUUUUGCAAUGCACAAAUGUAAUCUUUUUACUGUCCUUUUGUUAAAUGAAAACAAAACUUUAUCAACCUUAUAUGAGUUGUGCAAUCAACAAAAUGCCUUCUUACCUUUAUUCAGCGCAAACAACCAGAUAAUUUGCGUUAAAAAAAACGAUCGCUACGCUGCAACCCGAAGUCGUAUCGUGGAUCCUUGUAUGUUGAAAACGAUUACAUUAAACCCCGGUAGAAACUUUUUCCCCGUCUGUAUGUUUGAAAAUGAAAUUGUGAUGUACGAAAAGUAUUUCAUGUCCAAUAACCUAACUCACGAUUUAACAGUCAAAACUUACAAUCUGGAAACAAAAACCCUAACAACAACCAAAAUACCAAAUGUUGGUGGACAGAUUUUUCACAUUGUGGCCAUACACAAAGACAAAGACACUUUUCUUUUACUGUCAAGCGGACUUUUACUCUCGGUCAAGAGAGAUUCUAACAAGGCAGUCAAAUUUACACCGGUGGCUCAUCUCUGGCGAAACGUUCAAAAAUUUAUAAACGGAGCCGUGAUCUACAAAAAUGAGCUGAUUAUGUUUUGUUCAGAAUGGCCCAUGUCACAUUUAACGGUUUUGACGACCGUGCCGGGACUGUUCAACAAGAUCAGUGUCGUCGAGCUAAGAGAGGAGAUAUUGAAUAAAGACAUGGUACCUGUGAUUGCGCCGGUGUCCUGGUUCAGAUAAUCAGCAGUGAGGUUUUGGCAGUGCUUCUAUUGUCCCAUCACUGUAGCUCAACACAUCAUAUAACGUUAGCGUUUAUGCAACUAUAACAUUAUAUUUUUUUAAAUUUACUGACUACAGACGACAUUUCUGUACAAUCAGCUACCUUGAUCAAAUUCCAUCUAAUGUUUUUACAUAUACAUCACUAUUUACACACUAUCUUGUGUAUUUUAUUAUGGUUAUCACAUUUACCCUG